AUGGAAUCAAAGAACAUCACCACUACUGUGACAGAAUUUGUCCUGUUGGGCCUGACACAGAGUUGCAAGCUGCAGUGUUGUCUCUAUGUGACCUUCUUUCUCAUCUGUGUGAUAACAUGGCUGGUGAACUUCACCAUCAUUGCAACUGUAGCUGCUGAUCACGAGCUCCACACACCCAUGUACUUCCUCCUGGCCAACUUGGCUUUCCUUGAUGUCAGUGAUUCCACAGUCAAUACUCCCAAACUGCUGUCAGGCCUCCUCACCCAACAUACAAUGAUCUCGUUCAAUGAGUGUUUCCUCCAGACGUUCUUCCAUUUCAUUGCUGGUGUGAUGGCUUUUUUCCUUGUAGGGAUGACAAUUGGUUGGUAUGUGGCCAUCUAUGAGCCACUGCAUUAUGUGUCUAUCAUGAACUGGAACAUGUGCACAGGAUUGGUGUCAAUUGCAUGGUGCAGUGGAUUUGUUCACUCUACUAUACAAACUGGUUUUCUUUUCCAGCUAUCAUUCUGUGGCCCCAGUGUACUGGACAAUUUCUACUGUGAUGUCCCUCAAGUCAUCAAACUGGCCUGCACUGGUACCUGCAUGGCUGAACUACAGAUAGUGUUUAAUAGUGGAGAGAUUCUCAUUAUUCUUUUUGGAAUCUUGAUUAUUUCUUACACUGUCAUCUUGCUGAAGAUAAGGACAUGCACCACAGAAGGGAAAUGAAAAGCCCUGUCUACCUGUGGAACCCAGAUAACCGUUGUGAGCUUAAUAUUCAUCCCCUGCAUCUUCAUCUAUGCUCGGCCUUAUAAGAAAUUAGCUAUGGACAAGGUGGCCUCCAUUGUUUAUACUGUGGUCACUCCAGUGCUAAAACCGAUGAUCUACACACUGAGAAACACUGAGAUGAAGAAGGCCAUCAGGAGAACACUGGGGAAAAUCUUUCUCUCAGGAGGGAUACAGAAGCAAGACCAGCCAGCAGAUCCAACGAGAUCAGAUAUGAUGCAUCCAUGA